UCUUCUAAUUUCACUGGCAAAUGCAGUUAUCAGUUUCUCAGAAGUCAGCCUAAACAAGAAAGAAGCUGUUCAGAUGGAAUCAUAUGCAUUCAUGGAUCCUUUCCAAAGCACGGUCUAUUUUCUUCUGUACGAAACUCUAAUUGUUCUCAUUGGUACUAGUUCUGCAUUUUUAAAGGUGCCCAACCACAUCAUACAUGGGAUUAAAGGGCAGUCUCUGGUAAUACCUGUGGAAUAUGAUGUUAGGUCUAAAGUUGAUGACAUUCAGGGUAACUGGGAGUUCAAGAAACUGAAUGACAACCACUACAAGCAUUUGGUGACAUUCCGAAAUGACCUGUUCAUUUAUGAUAUGUGCAUGGAGUUCAAAAAGAAAUUUAAACUUCACCCCCCGAAUGCGUCCUUACUGAUUACAGACUUGGACACUAUGGAGGAAGGGGAAUACAAGAUAACAGUGAAUGUUCAAAUGAAGGCCAUGGUGACAGAUGAGAAAAUGAUCCAAGUUACUGUGAACGUGCCUGCAUCGAAACCAGUUAUUCAAAUUAUACCAAUGUCUGAAAUAGUCGAGGACCUACAUAAUGUAACAUUACGCUGCUCUGUUGAGUUUGGGACAAAUAUAGAGUAUCAAUGGCUACAUGAUGGGAGAGUUCUUCAAGGAAAUCAUCGCCACAACUUUUAUGAAAAUAAUAGUGUGCUUUAUAUAUCUCCUGUUAAAAAAGAAGACAUUGGUAACUACAUUUGUAUGGUGAAGAACGCGAUCAGCCAAAACCAAAGCGAUCCAACUGCAGUUAAUGUUUUCUAUGGACCCUAUAACCUAACUGUGAACUCUGAUAAGGGUCUGAAAACGGAUAAAGUAUUUACAGUUCAUGCUGGAGAGCCCACUUUGUUUCAUUGCUCUGCUGAUUCAAACCCACCAAACACCUACGUGUGGAUUCGCAAACAAAACAAUGAAACUGAGAAAAUUAAAACUGGACCCAAUUUUCUCGUAAAUUCACAUGACAUUGCACAAAAGGAGGAAUACAUGUGUCAUGCUUACAAUAAUGUCACCAAGAAGGAAGAGCAAGCUCAGUUUACUCUUAUAAUUGUUUUUAUGGAUAAAGAAAAAAUGGCCCAGAAAGAAAAGCUAGUGUCGUCUUUAGAAGUGCUGACAGUAAUCUCUGUCUUUAUAAUUUUGAGUAUGCUUGUUGUGUUCUUCUGGAAAACAUGUCAUCCACGAACAGUAAUAAAGCAGAUAUAUAGAAGGCCAAUGUCUGAAAACAGGAGACCUCAUCGUUCAGGUCAUGAAGAUGCAAAGGAAGACUUUGGAAUUUAUGAAUUUAUUGUCAUACCUGGUACUUCAGAAACUGCCCAGUUGUCCAGCAAAUCGCUAUCAGAACCCGAUUCUGUUCAAGCUCAGGAUUUGCACACAGCAAUCUACGAUGUCAUCAGGCACCUUCCAGAAUCUUCAUCUCAGGGUCUACUGAAGUAACGCCACUGGCUGCUCUUCACUACAGUCUUUUUCUUUCUUGGCAAAAAGUAUCCCUUCUACAAGCAAUAUGGUUAUUGGACAAUAUGGAUGCUUCCACUGUCAAAGUGCAUUGGACGCUUACUAUUUUUAUAGAGAAAAGUCUUCUGUGAAGAAAAAAAAUAUUCUGCUUUGACAGGUUUUUUAAGCAAAACAGGCAAAGGUGGCUAAUUUUAUUUUAUUAUGCAGAACAGUUACUCGCCAUCAUCCAAGGGUCACAUCCGAUAAUGACAUAUUUCACAAUGGUGGAAUGAUAGUCCUUCAUGCAUCUUAUCCUUUUCUUUACCAAUACGUCCUUCUUCAUUAAAGCAGUAAAUAGCUGGACUGAUAUUUUCAUUAUAUUAAGGUCCUAACAUACUAAAUCUGUGCUGGACUGCUUAGAAGACUGAGCUAUAAGUAAAAUCUGUGGAGCAUGUAGCACACAAAGAAAAGCAAAAGAUAUCAUUAAAGUUAUAUGCUAAUAUUGACAGAGUAGUACUUUAAAAAAUAUAUAUAUAUUUACUGUAUAUAUUUAUGAUAUUAAUCCUACAUUCUUGCUUUAGUCCUUCAUUCACCUAGAUACAUUUAUUUAGAGCUUUUCAUCUUAUAAUUUCCCCUCAGACAAGCAGUCAUAACUGAAGAAUUGCUUCAUUGUCAUUUCCUGCCACACAUUUGAAUGCCAGUAAUCAUUAUUCACAGAAUAGGUGCACAAAUAGAUAGAUAGAUAGAUAGAUAGAUAGAUAGAUAGAUAGAUAGAUAGAUAGAUAGAUAGAUAGAUAG